ACUCUAGGUUGUAUUGACUUGACUUGAGUUGACUCAACAAGUUCAAUAAUUUCCUGGAAGUUGCGCACAGUACUUGUGUUCAUCUAACACGGUAAAUAGGAUCCCAUUUUGAUAUUCUUCUAUAUAAACACCACCUCUCUCGUAGCCCUGAUUAUCAUAUAUACUUAUAUAAGUGCCAAAGAAAGAGAAUUUUAUAUAAGACUUUAUACAUCAUAUAAUUUAUAAUGGGUGGUUGCUUACCAAUAUUAUUCUUGCACUACUUACUCUUCUUCUUACUCAUCAUCACUACAUCUCAUUACUCCAUGCUUGUUCAGUCUUUGCCUUCUCUCCAGCAACAGAACCCACUCUGCCACCACGAUGACAGCUCUGCUUUGAUUCACUUCAAUCUAAGCCUUUCAAUUAAAAAGUCUAGACCAAUAUCUAUGGAUCCUUCAGCUUAUCCAAAGGUUGCAUCGUGGAAUACCAGCAGCAGUGAUUGUUGCUCAUGGGACGGUGUCACCUGUGAUGAUGACACCGGCCGUGUCAUUGGCCUUGACCUCAGUAGCAGCUUUCUCUGUGGUUUUAUCAACUCCAACAACACCCUCUUCCGCCUUGUUCACCUUCAAACACUCAACCUUGCUGACAAUUGGUUUAACGACUCUCAAAUCCCAUCUGCUGUUGGACUUCUUUCGAGGUUAACUUAUCUCAAUCUCUCAUAUUCCGUAUUUGCUGGUCAAAUCCCUUUGAAAAUUUCAAAUUUAACCAAAUUAACUUCUCUUGAUCUCUCAAGAAAUUCAGUGGAGCUCCUUAAGCCUGGUCUAACAAGCUUGGUUCAGAAUGUGACGAAUUUAGAAGAACUUUACCUCAAUGAGGUAAACAUAUCUUCUACAGUACCUCACAUUUUGGCUAAUUUUUCAUCUUUAACUUCUGUACUUCUCGAAGGUUGUCAAUUACAAGGUGAAUUUCCGGCAGGCAUUUUUAAGUUACCAAACCUACAGUUUCUUAGCGUGCAGAACAAUCCAGAUCUCAGAGGUUACUUGCCUGAAUUUCACAUGAGGAGUCCACUUAAGGAAUUGGGACCGGCGGGAACAAACUUUUUUGGAGAGCUACCAAAUUCAAUUAGAAAUCUCCAAUCCUUGUAUAAAUUGGACAUAUCAAAUUGCAAUUUCAUAGGGUCAAUACCGGCUUCAAUUGGGACAAUUCCGUAUUCAUUUGGUAAUUUAGCACAACUCCAUUAUUUGGAGAUGGCAGGAUGCAAUUUCUCAGGGCCAAUCCCGUCUUGGUUUGGUAAUUUUUUACAACUGCAAUAUUUGGACCUUUCCGGAAACAACUUUUUUGGAGAACUGCCAAAUUCAAUUGGAUUCCUUAAAUCCUUGAAUCAUUUGGAGAUGGCAGGAUGCAAUUUCUCAGGGCCAAUCCCGUCUUGGUUUGGUAAUUUUUCACAACUGCAAUAUUUGGACCUUUCCGGAAGCAACUUUUCUGGAGAACUGCCAAAUUCUAUAGGAUUUCUCGAAUCCUUGAAUCAUUUGGAUAUGUCAAAUUGCAAUUUCACAGGGUCAACUCCGUAUUCAUUUAGUAAUUUUACACAUAUGCUAUAUUUAGACCUUUCUAACAAUAAUUUUGAUGGUCAGAUACCUUCUUCAUUUGCUAAUUUUACAAAGCUCUUAUAUCUUGACCUCUCUUAUAAUUUUUUGCAUGGCCCAAUUCCCGAGUCAAUCUCUCAACUUGUGAAUUUGAAAUAUCUUUAUCUUCAUGGUAAUAACCUGAGUGGAAAGCUAGAUGUGUUUCUUAUUCCGAAAAAUCUUACUGAGCUUGUAUUAUCGGCUAACCAAUUAACGUUGCUCACCAGUAGCUUCAUCAAUGAUACGCUUCCCAAGUUUGAGUACCUAGACCAGUUGCGGUACUUAAACCUCAGCAACAACUGCAUCCAAGGCUCCCUGCCAACAUGGAUAUGGAACAUGAGUACACAAACUCUGCUUCGCCUUGACCUUUCUCAAAACUUUAUAACCGGCUUUCACCAACCUCUUCCUUUAGUCCUUCCUUGGGAUCGACUAGACAUUUUAGACCUUAGUUCUAACAUGCUGGAAGGAUCACUCCCCGUUCCACCACCAUCCACCUGGGUUUAUAAUGUCGCAAACAACAAACUGACCGGGAAGAUUCCACUAUUGAUAUGCAAUGCAAGUUCUCUUGGUGUCCUGGAUUUAUCUUAUAACAAAUUGAGUGAUACCAUUCCCCAAUGCUUGGGCAAUUUUUCUGAUCUGUUUUUAGUGAAUCUUCGAAACAAUAAAUUACAUGGUCCCAUUCCUCGAACAUUCAAGCAUAGAACCCAACUGAGGAUGAUCAACUUAAGUCAAAACCAAUUGCAAGGGACAGUGCCAAAAUCGUUGGUCAAUUGUUCACUUCUAAAAAGUCUUGAUCUUGGGAACAAUAACAUCAACGAUAUAUUUCCCUUUUGGCUUGGAACACUUCCUGAAUUGAAGGUUCUCAUUUUGCGAUUCAAUAGAUUCCAUGGUUCAAUAUUAAACCCCAACUCCAGUUUUGCUUUCCCCAAAUUGCAGAUUCUUGACCUCUCUCACAAUGGUUUCACUGGUCAGUUACCUUCCGGUUAUUUUCACACAUGGACAGCCAUGAAAACUAUUGAUGUCAAUCAAUCGAAAUACCUCUGGAGAGAGGAGAGUAUUUAUGAAAAUUACACUACAUACGCAAUCACACUGACAAACAAAGGUUUGCCAACAGUGUAUGUGUAUAUCCUAAACAGCUUCACUGCCAUUGAUCUCUCAAGUAACCGAUUUGAAGGAGAGAUUCCGGAUUCUAUUGGGAUUCUUAAGGGCCUUCACAUGCUCCGCCUUUCCGACAACAAUCUCACUGGUCACAUUCCAUCAUCCUUGGGGAAUCUAAUGCAGCUUGAAUCAUUAGACAUUUCUCAAAAUAAGCUCGAGGGAGAGAUUCCACAGCAGCUAACCCAACUCACGUUCCUUGAAUUCUUCAAUGUCUCUAAUAAUCAUCUCACAGGACCUAUACCACGAGUGAGCCAAUUUAAUACAUUUGAAAGCAGUUCAUACGAGGAGAAUUCAGGAUUGUGUGGAGACCCUUUGCCAAAGAAAUGUGGCAAUUCAGAGGCAUCACUGCCACCACCACAACCUUCGAACUUCAACCAAGGUGAUGAUCAUUCCUGGUUUGGAAUUGAUAAAAGUGAUUGGAUUGUGAUAUGCAUGGGCUAUGGCGGUGGGUUAGUAGUCGGGUUCAUCAUUGGGCACACUCAGACCACAAGGUAUCAUGAUUGGUUUGUCGAUACCUUCGGAAGAAACCGAAAGAAUCAAAGAAGGAAGAAGAAGAGCGGGCGAAGAAGCUAAAUUUGAUGAGCUCACCUUCAUUCACGGUGACAUCAAGAAAAUAAUUGCAGAUCUAGCAUGGAGUUUCCACCAGCUGUUAUUAGGCCUAGGUUUGUCUUCAAUAUAUCUUUUAUAUGUUGUGUUUAUUUUCUUCUUCACUUGUUUGCAUCUGUAGUUUGUCUUCAAUAUAUCUUUUAUAUGUGUUGUGUUGCGUUU